CGCCCAUCUGGGGUUACUUCUUCCUGUGACGAAAGCUCUGUCACCGAGACAGUUCACACAGGCUGCCAUAGCAGCACAUCGGUUUUAACGGCCCUGGUGGUCAAUGAGGGCUUUCCCUGCGCAAACAUAGGAUAAGCGAGCAGAAAACGUGCAUUUUCUACUAACGUAGAUUCUUUAAAACGAAUCCUGAACCAGCUAUAACCGGUUCCGUUAGCCAACUGCCGGUGUCAGCUAACGUUAGUUCGUUAGCUUUGAUAAAUACCCAUAAAUAACUACAAAGAAGGCGAAGAACAUAAGCGUUGGAUACAAUAUUUAAGGUUUUCUGAGCUCUUAUUUCGUUAGCAACAACGUUAAACCUUAACAAGCUCAGGUACGACGAUGGACUUUGUUGCAGGAUGCAUCGGAGGUGCUGCUGGAGUCUUUGUUGGACACCCGUUUGACACAGUGAAGGUUAGACUCCAGGUCCAGAGUGUGGAUAAGCCCCUGUAUCGUGGAACCUUCCAUUGUUUCCAGUCCAUCGUGAGAAUGGAGUCGGUGUCUGGUUUAUAUAAAGGCAUCGGAUCACCAAUGAUGGGCCUAACGUUCAUCAAUGCUAUAGUGUUUGGUGUCCAGGGUAACGCCAUGCGUCUGCUUGGACAUGACACCCCCACAAACCAGUUCCUUGCCGGUGCUGCUGCAGGUGCUAUACAGUGUGUGAUCUGCUGCCCCAUGGAGCUGGCUAAAACCCGCAUGCAGAUGCAGGGCACCGGGGAAAAGAAGUCUUCCCGGAGGCUGUACAAGAAUUCCCUGGACUGUUUGGUACGCAUCUACAAACGGGAAGGUUUGUGGGGUGUGAACAGAGGAAUGCUCACAACCCUCGUCCGUGAAAUGCCUGGCUUUGGCGUGUAUUUCUUAGCCUAUGACGUGUUGACACGCGGCAUGGGCCAAGAGCCCGCUGAGCGCUACAUGAUCCCAAAGAUGAUGUUUGCCGGCGGUAUGGCCGGCAUUGCCUCAUGGCUCUCCACCUAUCCCGUUGACGUGAUCAAAUCUCGGCUGCAAGCAGACGGGGUGGGCGGAGUCAACCAGUACAGCAGCAUUGCAGACUGCGUACGACAGAGUGUGAGGAAGGAGGGUUAUAUGGUGUUUACACGAGGCCUGACCUCCACGCUGCUAAGAGCCUUCCCUGUGAAUGCAACCACUUUCGCUACCGUCAACCUGGUGCUGAUGUACGCCCGCAGGGCGGAGGAGGGCCCCACAGACUGCGAGUCGGCUCAGCACGGCCACCACACACAGAUACAGCAGCAGCCUUCCAGUCUGUAAUGGCAGAGGUCUCCUCAUCAGCCUUGGCACUUUAAAAAUGCAUGAACAGACGAAUUAAACGUCAUUAAUGCUGCCUCACUCCAUCUUACUAUAGAUGAACAAUUCCCAGACGUAGGUCAUGGAAUUUCUUCUAUAAAUAAGCACUCUGUAUGGGAGCGACUGUUUGCUGUAUUUAUUUUUAACUUAUGUUUGUUAUUUGAUCUGCAAAAUCCAGGGUUACAAUCAGAAUAUUACCACUGAUCCGUUUAGGUUCUUAUAUCUGGGAGAUUUAUAGCUUAUAUUCUUCUAAAUAUUAAACAGAUGUUGUCUCUGGAUAGUUUGUGUAGUUUAGACGCUGGAAAGUCUUAUAUCUAAUGUAUUUAACAUAUCUUGAAAAUAUGUGGUUUGCAAUGUAUCUAUACCAAUAGUUCUACUCUUUGUUUUUCUACUUUUUUCCUGCCUUAUUGUGUGUUAUUAAUCUCCUGAAAAGGUGUUGCUCAAGUUUUACAUGAACUUUAUCCUCUGAACAGUCCAGAGAGAAACUGUAGCAGACAAUAGUUGUACAGUUUAAUUUAACCAAGACUGUUUACAGCUGUGGUAUCAUCAUCAUCAUC